UUUGCAAAAUGGGUUCUAUUUUAAGGAAUGUGUACCAAAAACUGGGAUUUUCUGUAAAUAUAUUACAUAAUUCAAAUUUACAUCAUUAUAAAUGGAUGCCAGUGCGUUAUUUACGGGGCUCAAGCAGACCUGGUCAAAUAAAAAUCCUUCCUGAAAAACUAAAUAAGCGUAAUGCUGAUAAAUAUGAAUGGAACAUGGUGGAUGAAAUCGAAGAUGAACUUGAAUUGGAAUUCACAGAAGAUCAAAUAACAUUGAAUGAAAAUCUGAGGGAUCCUAAUAUUAAGAAACAUGCUAAAAGAAUUGAUGAAAAAAACAGAAAACGGUUAAAAUUUCAAAUUUUAAAACAUAAAUAUUUUAAAGGAGAAAAGGAAGAAAACCUUUUAACAUGGAAGGCCAAAGAUCAAAUCCGAUAUUUACAUAAAGAAUAUCCAGAUGAAUGGUCUAUAAAUAGAUUAACCCAGGUUUUUCCGGUGUCAAGAUAUGGUGUCACCCAGAUAGUAAAAUCAAAAUUUAUUGGAGUUACAGAAGAACAAAAAGAGAGGCAUGAUAAAAAGGUGUUCAAAAAUUGGAUAGAAAUAGCUGAUAAAAUGGAGGAAAGUGUGGUAAAAGACCAAAGACUGCAAUUUAUUUUUAAUGCCGCUGGUAAUGCUGAUUUACCUUUCCCCAAGGAGGAAAGUGAAGAGAACAAAACUAAUUUUUAUGAAUUCAGACCUACCCCUUUUUCUGACUUAUUGAAAAAGUACCCCAAAUACAAUCAACAAUUAUCACUUACAAGAAAAUCUUCACUGAAAAAAGAAAAAGAGAGAAUAGACCCACAAGAACUAUUAAUAUUUUGUUUUAAACCCAAAGAUUCAAACUCUAAAUUCAAGGAUCAAAGUAAGUCAAAUCCAUCUGUGCAGAGUGAAAAUUUGAAUAAUAAUGUGACAUUAAAUAUUGACAUUCCUCAAAAAUUACAUAAAGACGGUCAAAUAUACCAAAAGGGUAAAACUGUUUAUAAUGAUAAAGGAGAGUUUUUGUUCAAAAUUCCAUAAUUUCUGACAGAUAAGCCUAUAAAUGUAUAAUUAAGAUACACUGUGCAAUAAACUGUUUUUGUAAGUA